GACUUCAGGAAUCAGGAGUCUGUGCUUUUUGGCUGCCAUUAAAACACACAGAGAGAAAUAUAGAGAUAUAGAGAGAGGGUUUAGAGAUGGGAGAUCUGAUCGCAUGGCUAUUCUCUUUCUUCAUCCUCUUAGCAGUCAUAGCCCUUGUUCUUUAUCAGAUAAUGUGCUUUUUAGACUUAGAGACUGAUUAUAUCAACCCAUAUGAGUUAGCAUCUAAGAUAAACAACAUUACCUUGCCAGAGUUUAUUACUCAAGGGGUAUUGUGCUGUCUACAUCUCAUCACACUGCAUUGGAUCAUGUUCCUCUUGUGCCUCCCAUAUUUAUGUUAUAAUGUGAAUCUGUACAUUCAUGGACACCAUCUAGUGUAUGCAACAGAGGUGUUCAGUGAGCUUUCAAGGGAAAAGAAACAGAGAAUAUUCAAACUUGUUUAUCUUGCUUUCCUUCUCUUCUUCUCUAUAUUUUGGAUGAUCUGGAGCAUCGUGGACGAAGAUUGAGAAAAUGGCACUCCAAAUUAAGUAAAUCUUGAAGCAAGUAGAGGUACCGAAGGCUUCUACGGUUGGCAUCUGUUUAAAAGUUUAAAGAGAUUUUCACAAGAAUUACUCCGAUCAUAUUUAGGUUUGAACAACACGGUCUCAAAGUCUCCAAGAACAUUUUACUGUACAGGUAUUUGUACAUUUAAGAGUCGUUUAUAGAUUCCUGACUCGAAAUUCGGUUGUAAUUUGCAUUUUUUGUUGUUGGAUGAGAUGUGUGAUUUACUUCUAUGGAAGUUCUUGAUGUUCAAGAGUGUGGUUUUCAUGUUCAUUUGUUGAAGUAUUGGGAU